CUUUCUGAUUUCGAGGAAGAUGUACUUUCUACGAGGAGUGUUAGUGUUGUUAUAUGCCCUAUUUUCCGCGAGUCGAGCUCAAGAAGACGAAAACAACAGACCUUGUGAUAUUUUCUUACAAGAUAUCAACGAUAUCACGUUAAAUUGUUCGAGACGGAAUAUUGACAGAAUACCCGCUUGGCCGGAGGAAAUAAACAAAGCCACAGGCAAAGAUGCAUGCGUUCGGAUAACUUUCUUCAACAACAGCAUAACUAACGUCACAGAACUGGGCGCCGUGCCGGGAAAUAGGAUAGCUAUUAGUUUCAAAUCGAACCGUAUCAAGGAAAUUGAGGAGGAUGCUUUUAAUAAUAUACGCCGCUUGGUAUAUUUAGAUCUGAGCAAUAACCGUCUAUCAGGUGACGUAUUAAGGAGCGAAAUAUUCCAAGGGCCCUACAAAAAUGGAGUUUACAGCGAAAUUGCUUUGGAAACACUUAAUUUAGGUUACAACCAGAUACAUUCCUUGGACAGAUACUUAUUCCAGUAUACGCCUAAUUUAACUAGGCUCUAUUUGAACAACAACCCUAUUGAAAUACUCGACCAUGUCACUAUACUCGCCAUCUCAAGCGCGACAAAUUUGAAGGUUCUCGACUUGUCUAAAACUGAUAUCGACGCCGUACCGUUAGAGACUUUUCGAGGAUUAGUCAAUUUGAAGCAGUUAGACCUUUCCGGAAACAAAUUCGUCACCGUGCCGGAGAGCUUGAGCCUCGUGGGGAGCACUCUACAGUACCUUACAUUCAAUAACAACCCGCUAGUUGAGCUUAACGACGAUAGCUUUUUAGGUUUGAGUAAUCUUAUUGAACUGGAAGUCGGGGAGAACAACUAUCUGGAAGAAGUGAAACGCAGUACUUUUACGCCUUUGAAAAGCCUGAGAGUUCUACAUUUGUGCCAUAAUAGGAAGCUAAAGUAUAUAAGCCAUAAUGCAUUCAGGGGGAUAAAAGAGAAGUGGACUUUAGAAGAGGUGUACCUCGAUGACAAUAACUUGAGCGAGCUACCAACAGACUUAUUGCCAUGGGACAAAUUGAAGGUACUUGGCAUGACUGGAAACAGUUGGCUGUGUAACUGUGACUUGGCUAAUAUUGUCACAAAACAACAUGCUGGCAUUAAAUUUAAGCCUGGUGAAACACCCUAUUGUGCAGCACCAAUGAGACUGAGUGGGGCUUACAUCACAAACAUAACAGUAUCUUUCUGCCCACAAUUCGAUACUACUUUUGCACCCAAGAAAGGCUUCUCUCUUUCAGACUUAAGACCAAAACAGAUUCUUUGGUGUAUACUUGGUGUUGGUACUGUAGUGGGGAUUGGAAUUAUUUGUGGACUAAUGGUCAAUUAUAUAAAGGCAUUCUUCAAAAAGACCAUAAGAAACGAACCAAUUAGAUAUGUUAAUAUUAACGAUGAGUUAGCUUAGAAAGCAUUUGUUUACUAUGUAUAAAUAAAGUUUUCAUAUAAACAAGUUUUUAUAGAACGUAUUAUUAUAUUAAUAUUAAAAAUUGUAAUUAUUGUAUAAAAAUUGUUCUAUUGUACUGAGCAAAAAAUAAAUCACUAUUUAAUAA